AUGCACGCCAAGAUUACUGGUACAACAAGUACAAAUACAAGCACAACUCCUAGUACAACUCAUAGUACUAAGACCACUGCUUCUUCUUGUACAAGUAGUCCAGUACUAGAAGUAGACCAGCAACAAGUUGGAGGAGUUGGAGUGUCUCCUGCUAGUGGACCUGUCGGAGGUAUGGCAGCAACAGGAGGCGCUGUUGCGCCACAUGCAGGAGUGGCGGCACCUGGAGGACCUGUUCCCUCUUACGGUUGCGGAGGUGCAGAUAACGGAGGUGGAAUUUCGAUGAAUAGUACUACAGUAAACACAACUAUGACAACGACCAUGACGACAACAACUAGCUGUUUUAGUGAACAACACAACACGACACAGCACAGUAGUACUCCCAACUUUCAUCAGGGUUGUUCACAGAAUUCCACUAGUGCUUCUGGAGUAGUGCCUUUCGGCUCCGCUGUCGGCGGUGGGGGCGCGGGCUUCGUGAACGCACCUUACCACAGUGCCAGUGGUGGCGCAGGGAACCUCCACAGUGGGGGAAGCAUAGCAGGUGGCAACUUGUACAACAAUGGGGGAGCUGGUGGUGGUCAGAUGAUGAAU